UAGGUAUUCUUAUUGGAUAUUUAAAAGAAAAUUGAGAUUAAUUACGGUCCCUGCUAAGAAAUAGAAACAGAAUAUAAUAGAUCUCCCAUAAAUAAAGAACUCAAGCAGGCGGACAACUAAGACAAAAAUCAAAUAAAAAUUCACAGUAUUCCAAAACACACCGCCAUAUGAUUUAUAUAUAUAGCCAAAAACAAUUGAUUUCUUAGCCUUAACUCUCUCUUUAUUGGAUAUGUUUGACCCGCAUCGGUUUACCGUGAGUGGUUCCUUCAAUUCCCGAGGAUCCAGUUUUAUGGAGCGCUACCAACGACGCGUGGCUCCGGUUCGCCACAAGUUGUAUUUGCAGCGCCUGAAGCGAGCGGCCAGUUUGGUGGACCAGCGACCGCCGCUGGUGAACACCAAGGCGCAGGGCGGUUUCGAUGUCCUGCAGAAGGACGCCCGCAUCUUCCUGGAGCGGACCAACGAGAAUGUGCGUCUGCUGUUGAAUCUGACGAGGAUUAAGCGAACCGGCGGCACCAUUGACUCGAUGCAGCCGCCCCAUUUCGCCUCCCGAUCGGCGCAUCCACAAAUGCUGCACAGGAUGGAUGCAGUGCAGCAUGAGAAUCUAAUAUUGGGUCGCCGGCUGAUGAGGAUCCUUGGCCGCAAGCAGGCGACUGGCCAGCAGCCCAAGAGGCCAUCGCUGGCGAGCAGCGUGAGGUGUCCCAGUGUGAUGACCAAUCGAUCCGGCCUGGCGGAGAGUGAGGUCUUUAGCAAAUACGAAGGCUGGGAUCUACGCCUGCCCGCCGACAACUACGAGCUGAUGCGGUUGCUCCGCCCAAAGAUUGUUCUCCAUUUCGGGCUGAUGGACGGCCGACCGUUGGGCCAGGUGGUGGUGCAGCUGUACACGGAGGCUGCCCCUUUGGUGGUGCUGCAGUUCGUCCGCACCUGUCUGAGUCAGCGUUCCCAUGAGUUCGCCGUGCGCCGCAUCUUUCCGCAUCUCUGGCUGGAGGCCUACCUCCUGGGCAGCUGUAAGAAGUCGUCGCGGGAUGCACCCUCUUUGCGCGAUCCCAUGGAGUUCGAUACGCGCGUGGUGAAUCACGGACGCCACGGCUACAUUUUCUCCUGCGCCAAGGAGUUCUGCGUCCAUGGUUUCCCCGGUGGUGCCAUUAAUUUCAGCAUCAGUUUCAAGCCCCUGCCGGUGGCCAUUGGUCAGCGUGUGGGCUUCGGACGGGUGAUACGCGGCGACAAGGUCAUCGAGGCCAUGGAAGCGCAUGGCACCAAAAAUGGCAAGAUGAGCCGGCCAUUGGUCAUCACCCACUGCGAUUUGCUAUAG